AUGAAGCUAAUAGAAAAACAUUGGUUAAAAUGGUGAUUUUGCAUAUUAGAAUUAAUUUUUGUAUUGGCAAUGCUAGAUUCUCGUCUUAAAAGGCUCAGGACAACUUUCCAAUUAAAAUGUGACACUUCAAAGAUUACUUUAGAUUCCACAAUAAAAGGAACCCCACGGACCGCAUCUGAAAUUUUCCCAGACCUCACACCAGCCACAUCGUCAUUUAUACCAGAAACCCCUAAAACCGCAAAACUUGACGGCCACGAGUACAUGAAAAGGAAAAUGUUCAAAAGAAAAACAAUUGAGCCUGAUUCCUUUGGUGAUAUAAUUAAAAUAUGGCGUCUUCGUUUGGGCAUGGCCUCCCGGCCAUGUAUACUCGACUCAUAUUUUAAUUAUAUCCGGCAAGGUUUUGCAUUUCAGAAACGGACGGCAAUGCUAGGUAAGCAAUUCUGGUUGUGCUCAGAGCCUAGCCCAAGUCUACUUUCGGGAAUGUUUUUUCCUCAUGGGAAAGGAGGCACGCAAGUUGGAAAGGGAAGCUCAGCCAGUCCGUUAGGACCAAUCGGGCAACUCCCUAGCGUGAAACUGGGCGUUACGUCCCAGGCUUCGUGUUUUUCCUUUUUGCCGAAAGCCUACCAGAAAAUCCAUUUUUUAUGGAUUUUCGGAAUGGCAACCCAUGUCCUCAAGCGAAGUAGCUCAGGCAUGAGCCGCCUUAGUCGGCAACACUGCUCCGGAGGCGCGUACUGGAGAUCGAGGCUGACUGGCCCCAGACGGUCGGCGGCCCUAUGCGGCGAAGAAGCAGCGGGAAGCUCUGGGAGGGGUUACCCCGUGAAUGGCGUUAAACACAGAACCUAAUAAGUUAAGUUAAGAUUCCUUUGGUGAUAGCCACAUGCGAAGUUUAAAACGCAAACUGACUGUACUAGAAGAAUUCGGAUUGCCUAAUGAUAUAGUUGUCAAGCCAGGUCUAAAAAAAUUUGACUCAGAGUCCUCAAAUGGCCUAUCACGAAGAUCAAUCACCAUGGCCGAUUUCUGGGGAAAUAAAGUUGCACAAAGCCUUCUAUCGUCUCCAAAACUCAGACAAGCAGCCAAUACCCUUAAGCAUAAAUAUUUAAUACAAAACCGAGCUACAGAGCAUUCUUUACUUUACCCGAACCAUCCCCGCAAAAUGGACAUCAGCACAGUCAUCAGAGUCCAAAAUCCAAACAGCUCUAAUUCUCCAGUAAAACAGGAAAUUCAUAAGCCGCUUAAAACAGAAACUACCGAGCCUGUUUUCCAUACUGCGAAAAGAAUGAAAAAGCAUAGAGAACUUUCUGCCAUAUACCAAAUUAUGAAAAGCUGCGACGACCUGUAUAAAGCAAGCCAAGAAAAUUUCCAAAAAUUGAAUACUCAAAAUUCAGAAGAGCCGAAAAUCAAAAAAUUACCAAGAAGGGAUAAAGAGCAAAUAGAGCGAUUUAAAAAAUAUUUGGAUUAA